AAGAGUCCCUCGCGUCUGACCGCGUAUACAAACUUCGUAGCCAUGCCUGUUUACUGCACCAUAUUCCUGUUCGCGCUUCACAACAUGUGCCUCCUUAUGCCUUUGGAGAAUUCAAUGAAAACGCCCGAUCACCUGCCGACCAUACUAGCGAUAUCCAUGACUUUUAGCUCGACUAUAUACCUGCUGUUCGGAUUAUUUGGAUACAACAAGUACAUCAAUCCCUGCGACACCGUCAUUAAAAACUUGCCUCUGGACGAACCAGCUGCUCAAGCUGUGAAAAUAGCCAUUACCUUGUCGGUAAUGUUCGGGUACGCGAUACAUUACUUCGUUCCAGUCUCUAUAAUAUGGCCGCAAAUAAUGGGAAAGGUCAACGAGGAUAAACGAAGGAUAUUCGAAAUCGUGUUUCGCAUUGGCGGGGUCAUAGUCACGAGUAAGUAGA